AUGUCUGACCCCACCAAACCCCAAGGCAACGCCCAUCUCGCCUCAGCCCGCGCAGCCACCGAUCCGGACUUCCGCCGCGUGCUCGAAAUGGUCAUGGAAGGGCGCGCUCCAAACGAGGACUACAUCGACUGGUUCUGGGAACAGAUGGCGCUCCUGCAGCACCAGGAGGUUGAUCGCUGUCUCGUGGCGUAUAGAGCUCAGAAGCAUGAAGAGGAUGGGAGGGCGGAGAAGGGGCAGAGAGGCAGUGCGGAGAGGGAAGAGACGGCGAAAGGAGCGGGGAAAGGGAGGAGAUAUGGGGGCUUGGGAGAGGGCUUUGAGGGGCGGAAGGUUGGUGGUGGUGGUGGUGGUGAGAGGAGUGAGGUAGGGGAGGGGGAGCAGGGUGAUGAUGAUGAGGGAGGCGAGCACUUGGGCGCAGAACGCUCAGUCGAGGAGGUUGAAUGA